ACAUCCUGGAAAACUCCCAAACAGAAAGAGAGACAUGGAUCCUACUGGUGAGACUGGGGAAAGUAGGAAGGCCUUCAAAGGAGCUCCCCCUCCACUGCCCAUUGUGGUGGAAAUACUUGCACAAGUCAGGCCCAGUGUUAAAUACCCAAAGCAAAUGAAAAGCUAUGCUUCAGCAAGAGAAAAACUAGUCACUUUGGAUCUCACCACAGUAACAGACGAGAUACUUGAAUUGCUGGAACAGGUGAAGCCUGAAAUAAAGACCAUGGAAGACUUGCUUGACACUGCAGAGGCAAUAGAACAGAUAGAGAAAUUCAAAGGUGUUAAUGUCACUGGCAUAAGGAUAGGCAGUCUGGUCUUCUACCUGCAAUGUACAGAUUUGGGUGGCCUGGGUGAACUGUGGUUCAUGUACAAAAAUGGGAAACUGAAUGACCUUCUGGUCAGUAGUUUGGUAAGUGAGGAAACCGUACAGCAGCUCUGUGCUGAGAGCAUCUCUGUGAAGACAACCAUCAACAUACAGGACUUCAGGAAGGCUCUGGUCUACCUACUCACUACAUCUACUGCUAACGGACAACACACACCAAGACUACCUCAGGAGUACCCCCUCUACCAUCCACACAUCCACAACAGGAGCAAUGUGCUGGACGUACUUCAUCUUGAUGACACAAAACUGACCAGGUCUACAGUGGACCUGACAGAGAACAGACAACAUCAUCUCAGGACCAAACUUAGCCAGCUAAAAAUAGCAGGUACAAAAUAAGUCAUUGAUUAUAUAGCAGAGUGAAAUGUAAUAUGAAUGCCACAAUCAUG